AUGUCGUCGAAAUCCUCACGAAGACCACCGCAGCCACACGGACCAUCCCCCUCGCACAAGCAAUGUUUAAAAUUCGUAGCCACCAGCAUGAUGAGCGGAUUCGGGAAGUUUGUUGCUAUCAUUUCCGCUUUUCUUCUUAGCAGGAUUUUGCACCAUUUCUUAAAGCCAUUUUCUCAACCUCAGAUAACUUCCGAUUUCUUAAUAGGUAUGGUUCUUGCAACGAUACCUGUGGUACAUGAGACGUUCGGAGAUGUAUCGGUUAUGAAUUUGGACAACAUUGUGGACUUUGGGAUGAUAUUAUACACCUUUGUUUUGGGUCUAGAAAUGGACCCUUACGUGAUCUUCAAGGCACCAUCACGCCCUGCAAUAGUGGCCUAUGCUGGCAUGCUAUUAACAUGCAUAUUAACAUGCCUUAUAACCCCGUGGCUACAUUAUGGGACCAAAGAUACUAACAUGAUCACAUUAACCAUCUCCCUCUCCAUUACCCUCUCCGGUAGCGGUUCCCACGUAUUGACCCGACUCAUAACCAACCUCAAGAUUGGCAAAUCCGACAUCGGGAAGCUCGCCGUUGUAGCCGGGGUUCACUCCGAUAUGAUAACCAUGUUCUUCUACUCCAUGCUUUUUGUGUUCUUACCGUUGGAAAAGAUCACGAAAGAAGAGAUUAAACAUGUUGUUAAGAUGAUUUUGGGCAUCUUGAUCCAGAGCAUCAUCGCGGCAAAAGUGUCGCCGUUUUUCUUCAAUUGGAUUAACAACGAAAACCCCGAAGGGAAAGCGCUUAAGGGCUCGCACCUAGUGCUCUCUAUGGCAUUCAUGGCAGUCAUAUGCAGUUGUGCAACUUGGUUCGGUUACAACCCUUUCUUUAGUGCAUUUCUGGCCGGACUUUUUUUGCCGACCGAAGGGCGGAUAUCGAAAUGGGCGAUCAGCAAGAUCAAUUACUUGUUGAGCUUGCUUUUUUACCCUCUUCUCUUCUUUUGGGUGGGUCUUAAGAUUGAUUUCUCUGACUUCCAAGGUGGCCAGAUAGGGACAUGGGGAAGGUUUUUUGUUCUUAUAUUUAUUGUUGUUGUCGGAAAAGUCUUCGGAACUAUCUGCGGUGGAGUACUGUUGGGUUUUCGUUGGCCGGAGUUGGCAGCCAUUGGAAUGCUUUUGACGGCUAAGGGUCAUUUUCACGUCUACUUAGCUGUUCAUGCAUUCAGGAGGGAGAGGAUCGAGAUGCCAACCUGUAUAUCAAUAGUGAUUAUGAUCUUCCUUUCUAUCGUCCACACACCUUUCAUCGUAAAGCAUAUAAUCCGACGUGCAAGGGCACUCGUCCCCGUUCAUCGGAUGAACCUCCAAUGUCUCGACCCGAAAACCGAACUCAAGAUCCUGCUCUGCGUCCACGGAUCUCACAACUUACCUUCUGCCAUUAACUUAUUGGCCAUCUCCAGGGGCAGACCCAACCCGGGCCUCAACGUUUACGUCACCGACAUGGUGGAGCUGUCAGAUAAACUGGCGUCGACGCUGGAAAAAGAAGAAGGGACUAAUAACAUGGUCCUGACCGACAAAUCAGUGAUCGAGAUGAGGGAACAAAUCACCCAAGCUUUUCAAGCUUACGUCGAUGAGGAUGGGACUGGUAUUAUGCUGGGACGGUCGCAUGCGCUUGCGACGUUCAAUGGCAUGUCGAGGGAACUCAUUGUUUUGGCCGAAGACUUUAUGGUUUCGCUUAUUUUGUUGCCGUUUCACAAGAGAUUGAAUCCUGACGGUACUCAUGAUUCAGGCAGCCCUGGUUUUAGAUAUGUCAAUCGUAAGUUGCUUAGACAUGCCCCAUGUUCAAUCGGGAUCUUGGUGGAGAGAGGAUCCGGGUUUGCAGAUGGAAUCUCGAAAUCAUCCGAAUGCAAAGUGGCAAUCAUUUUCAUCGGUGGCAAAGACGACCGAGAAGCCCUGUCGUAUGCGGGUCGGGUUGCAUGGCAUCCAGGAGUAAAGCUAACAGUCAUACGAUUCCUCGUCGACAAGAACUCGGAGAACGCGCCGAGGAGGGUAAGCAACCGAGCAAGCACAGCGGAGGAAGAAGAAGAAAUGAAGCACGACGACGAGAGCUUCGCCGAUUUCUACGAGAAAUACGUAGCCGGCGGUAAAGUGGCUUACAUGGAGAAACACUUGGCCAAUUCAUCGGAAACGUACACUAAUCUCAAGUCAUUGAAAGGACAAUAUACACUGAUCAUAGUGGGACGAGGUGGGCGAGUGAACACGAUAUUGACACUGGGACUCAAUGACUGGCAGCAGUGCCCGGAGUUGGGUUCGGUCGGGGACGUGUUAUCCGGGUCGGGUUUUGAAUGCGAAUCAUCCGUUUUGAUUAUCCAACAGCAUAGAUUGAAAGGACAACUAGAUGGGUUAAGUGAUGAUUUCUCCAUUAUGUAAAAAAUAUCGAUAAAACAAGUAAACAAGAGAGAGAGAGAGAGAGAGAGAGAGAGAGAGAGAGAGAGAGGG